AGGGCCUAGAGAGGGGCCGGGCCCAGGCGGAGCCGCUCUCCCUUCUGUGGCCUCUGCUCUGCCCCAGGAGGACAGCCUGGAGGAAGAGGGAAUGGCUCCUGCCCUGACAGCCACGCCCGGGAAGGAAUCAGUGACGUUCAAGGAUGUGGCUGUGGAAUUCACCCAGGAAGAGUGGGUACAAUUGAACCCAUCUCAGAAAAAAUUGUACAGGGAUGUGAUGCUGGAGAACUAUAGGAACUUGGUCUCUUUGGGAUUUGCAGCUUCCAAACCAAAUGAGAGUGACCAGUUGGAAAGAAAGGAAGUGUCUUCCUUGCCAGAGGCAGAUAUUUCAAGAAUCAGCUGUCCAGAGAGCCAGGAAUUUGCUGGAGAUAAACCUCUUGGAUGUAAUGGAUAUGGGAAUGCCUUCCUGGGCAAGGAGCAUCUUGCUGUGUGUCAGAUAAUUCAUACUGGAAAGAUGCUUUAUGAAUGUAAGGAGUGUGGGAAGGCUUUCCUCUGCAAUUCAAAUCUUACUCAACAUCAAAAAAUUCAUACUGGAGAGAAACCUUAUAAUUGUAGUGAAUGUGGAAAGGCCUUUAGGAUUAAGAAACAACUUACAAUGCAUCAGAAAGUUCACACUGAAGAGAAACCUUAUGAAUGUAGUGAAUGUGGGAAGGCCUUCAAGAGGAAGUCAGAGCUUACUGUGCAUCAGAGAAUUCAUACUGGAGAGAAACCUUAUAAAUGUAGUGAAUGUGGAAAGGCCUUUAGGAUUAAGAUAUAUCUUAGAAUGCAUCAGAAAGUUCACACUGAAGAGAAACCUUAUGAAUGUAGUGAAUGUGGGAAGUCCUUCAGGAGGAAAUCACAUCGUAGUGAGCAUCAGAGAAUUCAUACUGGAGAGAAACCUCAUGAAUGUCGUGAAUGUGGAAAGGCCUUCAGGAUUAAGUCAGGGCUUACUGUGCAUCAGAGAAUUCAUACUGGAGAGAAGCCUUAUGAGUGCAGUGAAUGUGGGAAGUCCUUCAGGAUUAAGUCAGAGCUUACUGUGCAUCAGAGAAUUCAUACUGGAGAGGUGCUUUAUGAAUGUAAGGAGUGUGGGAAGGCUUUCCCCUAUAACUCAUAUCUUACUCAACAUCAAAAAAUUCAUACUGGAAAGAGACUGUAUGAAUGUAGGGAAUGUGGGAAAACCUUCAGGAGUAAAACAGAAUUUAAAGUACAUGAGAGAAUUCAUAGUGGAGAGAAACCUUAUGAAUGUAGUGAAUGUAGAAAGGCCUUCAGGAUUAAGAAACAACUUAGAGUGCAUCAGAGAAUUCAUACUGGAGAGAAACCUUAUGAAUGUAGUGCAUGUGGGAAGGCCUACAAGAGUAAGUCAGAGCUUACUGUGCAUCAGAGAAUUCAUACUGGUGAGAAACCUUAUGAAUGUAGUGCAUGUGGGAAGGCCUACAAGAGUAAGUCAGACCUUACUGUGCAUCAGAGAAUUCAUACUGGAGAGAAGCCUUAUGAGUGUAGUGAAUGUGGGAAGUCCUUCAAGAGUAAGGCAGAGCUUACUGUGCAUCAGAGAAGUCAUACUGGAGAGAAGCCUUAUGAGUGCAGUGAAUGUGGGAAGUCCGUCAAGAGUAAGUCAGAGCUUACUGUGCAUCAGAGAAUUCAUACUGGAGAGAUGCUUUAUGAAUGUAAGGAGUGUGGGAAGGCUUUCCCCUAUAACUCAUAUCUUACUGAACAUCAAAAAAUUCAUACUGGAGAGAAACCUUAUGAAUGUAGUGAAUGUGGGAAAACCUUCAGGAGGAAAACAGAAGUUACAGUACAUGAGAGAAUUCAUAGUGGAGAGAAACCUUAUGAAUGUAGUGAAUGUAGGAAGGCCUUCAGGAUUAAGAAACAACUUAUAGUGCACCAGAGAAUUCAUACUGGAGAGAAACCUUAUGAAUGUACUGAAUGUAGGAAGGCCUUCAGGAGUAAAUCAGAGCUUACUGUGCAUCAGCAUAUUCAUACUGGAGAGAAACCUUAUAAAUGUAGUGAAUGUGGAAAGGCCUUUAGGAUUAAGAAACAACUUACAAUGCAUCAGAAAGUUCACAUUGAAGAGAAACCUUAUGAAUGUAGUGAAUGUGGGAAGUCCUUCAGGAGGAAAUCACAUUGUAGUGACCAUCAGAGAAUUCAUACUGGAGAGAAACCUUUUGAAUGUCGUGAAUGUGGAAAGGCCUUCAGGAUUAAGUCAGGGCUUACUUUGCAUCAGAGAAUUCAUACUGGAGAAAAGCCUUAUGAGUGCAGUGAAUGUGGGAAGUCCUUCAAGAGUAAGUCAGAACUUACUGUGCAUCAGAGAAUUCAUACUGGAGAGGUGCUUUAUGAAUGUAAGGACUGUGGGAAGUCUUUCCCCUAUAACUCAUAUCUUACUCAACAUCAAAAAGUUCAUACUGAAAAGAGACUGUAUGAAUGUAGGGAAUGUGGGAAGACAUUCAGGAGUAAAACAGAACUUACAGUGCAUGAAAGAAUUCAUAGUGGAGAGAAACCUUAUGAAUGUAGUGAAUGUAGGAAGGCCUUCAGGAGUAAGAAACAACUUAUACUGCAUCAGAGAAUUCAUACUGGAGAGAAACCUUAUGAAUGUAGUGAAUGUGGGAAGGCCUUCAGGAUUAAGAAACACCUUAGAAUGCACCAGAGAGUUCACACUGGAGAGACACUUUAUGAAUGUAGUGAGUGUGGAAAGGAGUUCAAGAUUAAAGCACAUCAUACUGAGCAUCAGAGAAUUCAUAAUGGAGAGAAACCUUAUGAAUGUAGUGAAUGUGGGAGAGCCUUCAGGAUUAAAUCAGAGCUUACUGUGCAUCAGAGAAGUCAUACUGGAGAGAAACCUUAAGAAUAUAGUGAAGGUGGGAAGGCCUUCAGGAGUAAGUCAGAGCUUCCUGUUCAUCAAAGAAUUCAUACUGGAGAGAAACUUUAUGAAUGUGGUGAAUGUAAAAGGCUUUUAGGAGUAAGGAACAACUUAAAGUGAAUCAGAGAGUUCAUACUGGAAAAGAGAAACCUUAUGAAUGUAGUGAAUGUGGGAAGUCCUUCAGAAGAAAGAGUAAAUGUUAACGUGUAUGAGCAAAUUCAUAUUGGUAACUUUCUUUUUGAAUAUAAGGAGCGUGGGGAGGCUUUCCCAUACAACUCAGAACUUAUUCGACAUCAAAUAAUUCAUAUUGGAGAGAAACAUUAUCAAUGCAUUGUGUGUGGGAAGGCCUUCUUGAGGAAGGCACAUCUUACUAGGCAUCACAGAACUCAUACUAGAGCAAAAAAAGAUAUGAUUGGGCUUACAGAAGCGCAGCAGAAGGAGGUGAAAAACAAGUAUAUCAUCCUUAUAGCUCAGAACAUGUCCAGUAAUCACGGGUCACAGUCUGUAUCGUGAGUGAGGAGUCAUACCUCCUUCCCUCCCUCAAUCCAUCAUCUAUGCCUUGCUAGAUAGGAGUGGGAGAAGAAAUUGUACAGCAUAUGAGCAAGAGGAGUUAGGAACAUGUAAGAGUCCUUGUUCCCAUAGGCAGAUGCACAAAGAAUGUGGCAGAAAUGAUUUAGCAUGAAGAUGAUGGGAGACAGUGCUGAGCUGACAUGGGAAGGGAACAGAAGAUAGUGGAAGGAAUGUUUGUGCAAUACAGGUCCUUUGAGAGACCCACAUUGAUGCACCACUCCCAAUGUUCAUAUGGACUAUUUGUAUCUGACUUGUUGUAGUCUUCUGAGCACAUAUUGGUCUGAUCAGCCACUGAUGGGCACACUGUACUUUGACCCUGACAUAGUGAUGUCAUUUUGGUCCUCUUUGAGCACAAAGGACAACCACCACCACACUGAUGCCAUCCCAAGGAAUCAGUGACAUUCAAGGAUGUGGCUGUGGAAUUCACCCAGGAAGAGUGGGUACAAUUGAACCCAUCUCAGAAAAAGCUGUACAGGGAUGUGAUACUGGAGAACUAUAGGAACUUGGUCUUUUUGGGAUUUGCAGUUUCCACACCAGAUGUGAUCUACAAGUUGGAAAGAAAGGAAGCGUCUUGGAUGCCAGAGCCACAUAUUCCAAGAAGCGGCUGUCCAGAAACCAAGAAAAUGUGUUGCAAUACCACCUACCUGCAUGAGAGGGAGAUGUGUCACUGAAGCUGAGUGUUCCUCCCUGAUCUGACAGGGGACACCUAAGGAGAAACUGCUCAUGUCCUAAGCCCUGAAGUAUAUUGGCUCUCAAGCUGGAAGCCCCUGAACUUUCUCUCACAGGCCAUCUGCUUUGCAUGUCCCCUCCCUCCAAUCCCUGAAGAGCCCUUAUUCAGUGGAACCUAUGACUCCCCACCCCUGAGAUCAGCACUGGACAGAGCAUAGCAUGCAGAUGGUGUCACUGGCUCAAUUCCUGGGCCUCCUGCUACUCUGCCUCCCAGGUGGGAAGUGGCACAUGCAGAGGGGCCAUGGGAAAAUAAGCAUACUUCCAUUAUUAUUUUAAACAAUGAUAAUAAAUAUCAUCAGCUUUCAUAUAUCA